GCCUCCGCCCCGCCUCCGCCCCGACCCUCCCCGCCUCGUCCCCACCCCCUCCCCGCCCCGCCUCGCUCCGCCUCGCCCCGCCUCAUCCCGCCCCGCCCUCCCCGCCUCUCCCCGCCUUUCCUCGCCUCUCCCCGCCCCUCCCCGCCUUGCCUUGCCUUGCCUCGCCCCGCCCUACCCUGCCUUGCCUCGCCUCGCUUCGGUUAGAUGCGCUCGGCGCUCCAUAGGCUCCCUGGUGGGGCGCGCGCGCACGCACGCACGGACGUCCAGCACGCACGCACAUCCAGCACGCACGCACGUCCAGCACGCACGCAGGUACGUCCGGCACUUCCGGCCGCGGCGGCCUCAGCGCCGGCCCGAAGGAACCAAACCGCCGGCCCCCGCGAGCGGCAUGCAGCGCUGAGGAGCGGCGACCCAGCACGGCAGCGCCAUGAACCUCCUGCCGUGUAACCCUCACGGCAACGGGCUGCUCUACGCCGGCUUCAACCAGGACCACGGAUGCUUUGCGUGUGGGAUGGAAAAUGGAUUCCGAGUCUAUAACACUGAUCCACUAAAAGAAAAAGAGAAACAAGAAUUUCUAGAAGGAGGAGUUGGCCAUGUUGAAAUGUUAUUUCGCUGCAACUAUUUAGCUUUAGUUGGUGGUGGAAAAAAGCCGAAAUACCCUCCCAACAAAGUAAUGAUCUGGGAUGACCUGAAGAAGAAGACUGUUAUUGAAAUAGAAUUUUCUACAGAAGUCAAGGCAGUCAAACUGCGGCGAGAUAGAAUUGUGGUGGUUUUGGACUCCAUGAUUAAGGUGUUCACAUUCACACACAAUCCCCAUCAGUUGCACGUCUUCGAAACCUGCUAUAACCCCAAAGGCCUCUGUGUCCUUUGUCCCAAUAGUAACAACUCCCUCCUGGCCUUUCCGGGCACGCACACGGGCCAUGUGCAGCUCGUGGACCUGGCCAGCACGGAGAAGCCACCCGUGGACAUUCCUGCACACGAGGGUGUCCUGAGCUGCAUUGCACUCAACCUGCAGGGAACAAGAAUUGCAACUGCAUCCGAGAAAGGGACCCUUAUAAGAAUAUUUGAUACUUCAUCAGGGCAUUUAAUCCAGGAACUGCGAAGAGGAUCUCAAGCAGCCAAUAUUUACUGCAUUAACUUCAAUCAGGAUGCGUCCCUCAUCUGCGUAUCCAGCGACCACGGCACAGUGCAUAUUUUUGCAGCUGAAGAUCCAAAAAGGAAUAAACAGUCCAGUUUGGCCUCAGCCAGUUUCCUUCCAAAAUACUUCAGUUCCAAGUGGAGUUUCUCCAAGUUUCAGGUUCCCUCAGGCUCUCCAUGCAUUUGUGCCUUUGGAACAGAGCCAAACGCCGUCAUUGCAAUUUGUGCAGACGGCAGCUACUACAAAUUCCUGUUCAACCCCAAGGGGGAGUGCAUCCGAGAUGUCUACGCGCAGUUUCUAGAGAUGACCGAUGACAAGCUGUGACUCCAGCUGGGGGCGCCACAGCACCCACCACCUGCCGCCUUCAGGCUCUCGGGGCUGGUGCCAGUGCCCCAGGGGCCUCCUGGGCCACGGGCUGGAGGGGCUGCCCAGGGACCUUGGUCUCGAAGCCAUACGUGGUUGUCUGCUUUCCUAAGGACUCCCAUUUCCAGUAUUAAAGAGAGAAUCAUCAUCAAGGCACCGUAGGUACUCAGUGGCUGUGACCAGCUCGAGUGGCCACUGGCUGUUCCCUUGAGUUCAGCUGUGACGUUAGCUUCAGUGGCUCCACCGCAUCUUCACACUGACGGGGGCUCCAUACAGACCUGGGGACUGGGCUGACAGGGUGGACGAGUUCAAGUUUGUUUUUGCAACAGAUUCCAUCGUUCUUACUGAGUCUGCACCGGAGAAGUGAACAAGUGUGCAAAUGUAAGUUCUUAACAUGAUAAGCAGAUUUAAUAGAACACCAGCAGCCUGCCUUAGAAAAGGAGAAAGGAAUUCCUUCUCCCACCCGAACAUGAAGAAAAACGACCUGACCCUGUAGAGAGAACAAAGCGUGAAUGUUUCCCCUCGUGUGAGCCCAGCCUGUGGUCUUCUCCAUACCCGCAACGUGGUCAUCUGUGCCCAUAACGUCACCUGUGCCCGUGCGUGGCGUCCCCAUCUCUGUUGGGGCCAUUAGAAUGAGGCAGACACCAGGCCACUCUAGAAGCCGAGCCGUCACACCUCAGGCGUGUGCGGGACAGGGACGGGGGGUCUCCUGGUUACGUUCUGGGUUAAAUCUGUUUCCCGGUUAUGUGUAGGGAACAGCAGAGUGAUGCACGAACUUUGAACAUUCGUUAUGGGGGAAAACAUCCUUUAACUUCGGGGUCGUCUGCCAGAGCAGGGUCUGGGAGGGGCCAUGCAGUUCCCGCUGGUGUGGAGGGAAAUGCCUUGGUCUGGCCUCCAAGCCCCCAAGUGCACCGUCUCCCCUCCCCUCGCCUCAUUUAUAAGAAUAGCUACACACUAACAUUUUGGGAAGGAAAGGCACAUAACUUUUUUUAACAUUUGGUAACUAAAAUAGGUUAUGGGCUCUACAUUGUCAGCUACUUGGGGUAUAUAUUUAAUUUUCUUAAAUUCCCGUUAAAGAAACUCUAUUUUAUGGUUUUGAUUUCAGAUCGCAAACAUAUAAAACCUGCGUAGCAGCGAGUUCUUGGUUUUUCCGGUUCCUUCAGUUCCUUUACUGUCACUGUCAUGUAAUCAACUAACUUUGUAUGUGGAUUUUGAUGUAAAGUAUGCAUGUUCCUUUUAUGUGUAUUUAAUCAUGUUUAAUUUUGCACACUUAUUUGUAAUGUUUCUUUUAAAUAAAAGUGACUGAUUUUGUUGUA